AUGGCUGAAGCAAACUCGAUAUUCUAUUGGGGGUAUGUCAUUGUAUUAAGUAAGUUUAUAUUUGGCUGCAUUGAUACCGGCAUUGCGAAAUCGUUCGGAGUUCUCAUUCCUACCAUGGUCGAACGUCUUGACUCAGACUAUGCUACUGUUGGAUUCAUAUGUAGCAUGCCGUCAACACUAACGUAUCUGCUUGGUCCAUUGGUAAAGAUGUUCCUGACGGACACGAACACACGCGUUAUUGCUAUGUCAGGUGGAGUACUGUGUGGAACAAGUAUUGCUGCCUGUGCAUUCUUUACAAACGUAGUGGCGAUUGAAAUCUGUCUCGUUUUAGCGGGUGCCGGCUUAUCCAUGACCUAUAUGCCCAUUCACCUUAUAUUAAACGACUACUUCCCAGAAAAGUUUGUUUUAGCGAACACGGUAGCAUUAUAUGGGUACACCGCCGGUUCUAUGUUGCUCCCGAUUCUGAUGGAGAAGUCACUUCAAGCGUAUGGUUAUCAUGGUGCGUUUCUUAUCCUUGGGGGUGUGGCCUAUCACUCCGCGGUGUGCGCUUCGACGAUUCGGAAGGUAUCAACCAAGUCCACUUCGGGUGAAGGACAAGAUGACAUUGAGCAGAAUGGCCGGAAGUGUGUCUCUAGAAGGAAUACAUUAACAGAAGAUACCUCGCUGCAUGGUUGUAAAGAAGGGAAGGAUGAGGAUGGGGACGAAGAAAAUCAAGGAGUGUCCGAUCAAACGCGUUUGAUUCGGGCUGAUAGCAUCAAGAAGCAGGAGCUGUCAUCGACAUCACAAUCAAGGUGCACAGCAACACUAUUUCAGGCCUUCAAAGGAUCCUGUGGAAUAUGGAAAGAACCAAUUUUUGCUUUUAGCAUCCCUAUUCAAAUUCUUCAAAGCUACACAUGUUAUGCAUGGAUGCUGUUCCUGGUCCCCCAUACCGAACAACUGGGCAUCCCAUCUUCUACAGCUGUCUACCUCUCCACAAUUGGUGGUAUAGGUGGUAUCAUCGGUCGCACUGUCUUCAUAGUUUUCCUCAGUAAAGGAGUCAAUACUUUUUCCGUGUAUAUCCCCGUAGGUUGCGUCUGCACUGCAACAUUUCUGCUGGACUUCGUCAGCUCUGAUUACAGGUUACGCGCUGCAUUCGCCUUUUUUCAAGGAUUUUCGUUCUUCAUCGAAGAUGCAAUUGGUGGCAGUCUGUGUAAGGAUGCAGUCUUUGACGACACCCAUAGUGGCAUGGCAUUUGCUAACGCUGCAUUUUGGUGUGGAGUAGGGGCUACAUUUGCAGGAACGUUUACAGGAUACCUGUUUGACAUCACCCAGUCAUUUACGAAGGUCUUUAUCAUCCUCGGCCUCAUCCACGCAUUCAUGGUCGGUCAUCUCUCCAUCGUGGCGAUCCUCAUCAAGAGAAAGCGUUAG